AUGAGAGAAACUUAUUUUUUGUUUGCUUCGGUUGUGUUACUUUGUAUUAAUGAAAGCACAGCAAUUUGGUGCUACCAGUGUAAUUCUGCAAUUCCUGGAUGCAUGGAACCAUUUAAUUGGCGUGGUAUAGGCUACUUGGGCAGUCCGUGUCCAGAUAACGAAGAUAUUUGCGUCAAACUUAUAGAAAGAAAAGGAGCCCAGAAGGUGAUAACAAGGGAUUGUCUAAGUAACUUUAGAGCCUUCAGGACAGACAUACCUGCAGACACAUAUGAAGGGUGCAGAGCAGCAGCGAAAGAUGUAAAUCUGGCAAACUAUGUCAACAAUACUAUAAAAGAAAUUGACAUUAAAAGGGAUUGGUAUGAUGAAACAACCUGGUGUUUUUGUUUCUUAGACCACAGAUGCAACGGCAGUUCUCAUGUAUCAAAUUCAAUACUAUUAUCUCUAUUCAGUAUUAUUGUAUACAAUAUAUUGUUGUGA